AUGAGAUACAAAUUGAAUUAUUGGAAGAGACGUGGCGUCGAAUCGUUGCCGAGCGAUUUGAUUUUCGGUAAUUUUAAAGAAGCCGUAUUAUUUCGUUCGGCACCAGGAUGGCAUUUAGGACAGUUGUAUAAAAAGGCGCCUCAGGAUGCUCCUUAUGUCGGUUUUUACAUAUUCCACAAGCCGUGUUUGCUAUUACGCGAUCCAGAAAUAAUGAAACAAAUUUUGAUAAGGGAUUUUGAAAAUUUUUCCGACCGUCAUUUCGCUGGUUCCAAUCAAAAGGACAGUAUCGGUAUGAAGAAUCUAUUCGGUUUGAAAAAUCCAGCUUGGAAAUAUCUUAGAUCGAAAAUAACGCCUACUUUGACACGUGGAAAAUUGAAACAAAUGUUUCCGCUUAUGAUGGAAAUUGGUGGACCAAUGAUGGAUCAUUUGAGGAAACAAUCAACGAUCAACAAUAAUAAUGUCAAAAUUGUUGACGCUCAAGAACUCAGUUACACUUAUACCACGGAUUUGAUUGCUUCUGUUGCACUCGGUACCAAAAUGGAUUCAUUCAACUACCCCAACACCGAAUUUUCCGCUUGCGUAUCGGAAUUUUUCCAUGGAUUCAAAAGAAUGGUAGCCCUGGUAACGGUAUUCUUCAUGCCCGAAUUGGUCGAAAUUAUUGGAUCUAAUAUACUUUUCAAUUCUAAAUUUGUACGAAAAGUAUUUUGGAAUGCUAUGGAAAAUCGCGAGAAAACUGGCGAGAAGAGGGGAGAUUUCAUCGAUUCGUUGAUACAAUUGAAGAAUGGCGAACAAAAUCCUAAAUACAAAUUCGAAGGUGAAAAUCUAUUGUAUCAAUCUGGAACAUUUUUUUCCGGAUUCGAAUCUAGUUCAACGUGUAUGUCGUUUACACUUAUGGAACUUGCCAAUAAUAUGAAAUGUCAGGAACGUGCAAGAGAAGAUAUUAAUAAAGCCAUGAAUAAAUAUGGAUGGACUUAUGAAGCCUUCAACGAAAUGAAAUAUCUUGAUCAAGCUAUUGCCGAAGGUUUGAGAUUACAUCCGCCAGUUUCUACAAUAGAUCGAUACACUCGUCAAAAUUAUCAGAUACCGGGAACUGAUAUAAUCAUUGAAAAGGGUACUCCAAUUUAUAUAUCUCUUUACGGACUUCAAGAAGAUCCGAAAUAUUUCGACGAACCGGAAGUUUAUAAUCCUGACAGAUUUGCCGAGGGUAAUACUGUACCGGAUGCGUAUAUACCUUUUGGUAUAGGUCCCAGAAUGUGUGUAGGUAUGAAAGUUGGUCAGCUUCACGCAAAAGUGGUACUAGCCUUUCUCUUAAAGGAAUACGAAAUUUGGCAGGAAGAAAAAGAUAAAAGCGUUUUGGACCCACGUUCAACUUUUACAGCUGCAGCUAAUGGAAUAAAGCUUCACUUUAAAAAAAUAAUAUCAUAUAAUGAACUUGUUAAAUCAAUAUUAAUCAAAGAUUUCGAUGUCUUUAGUAAUAGAUAUUUUUCGGUUAAAUCAGCUAACGACCCGGCUACUUUUAAUCUUUUUUCCCUCGAUAAUCCCGAAUGGAAACAUCUAAGAGUUAAAUUGUCUCCGGUAUUUACGAGUGGAAAAAUAAAGAAACUAUUUUAUCUGAUGUACGAGACAUCCGAAGCAAUGACGGACUUUCUGGAAGAAAAAUUUCGUCAAAAUUCUAAUAUUUCGAUCGAUGCUAAGGACGUUUUUAUGAAAUAUGCUACCGAUGUUAUAUCUACAGUGGCUUUCGGAGCUCGAACUAAUUCGUUUAAAGAGGAAACUUCUGAAUUCUAUCGACAAAGUCGUUUACCUUUCAAGUCAAAUUUAAAAACGGCAUUCACAUUCUAUGCAGCUUUCUUCUUUCCCGAAUUAAAUAAAAAUAUUGAUUUUAAAAUGAUGGGAGAGGCCAGGGAGUACUUUAAUCAACUUUUCUGGGAUACGUUCAACGAACGAGAAAAAUCUGGAAUUAAAAGGGGAGAUCUUAUCGAUUCUCUUAUUGAAUUAAAAAAUGAGGAACAAAAUGACAAUUUCAUCAAAUUCGAAGGAGACAUCCUAAUCGGUCAAUCACUGAUAUUUUUUAUCGCUGGUCGAGAGAGCAGUGCUACUACGAUAUGUUAUACUCUUGCUGAACUCGCAAGAGAAUCAAAAUUGCAAGACAGAUUGAGAACGGAAAUACGUGAAACAUUAAAAUCCGAUGGAUUCACUUACGAAGCCGUGCAAAAAAUGAAAUAUCUACAUCAGGUGAUCUCGGAAACUUUGAGAUUACAUCCACCUGCACCGAUUAUAGACAGAGUUGCAACGAAAGAUUAUAUGAUACCUGGAACAAAUGUACUUAUAGAAAAAGGAACACCCGUUUAUACAGUAUUAACUGGCAUGCAUUUUGAUCCGAAUUAUUUUCCUGAUCCAUUACGUUUCGAUCCUGAUCGAUUUAGCGACGAAAGAAAAGCAGAUAUUCUACCAUAUACUUACAUGCCUUUCGGUGAUGGGCCAAGAGUCUGCAUUGCCCAGCGAGUAGGCAUGUUASAAACUGCAGUUGCUAUAAUCCGAGUGAUUAAUAAUUAUGAAGUUUCAUUGAAUUUAAAUGGAAAUUAUAAACCAGAUCCUACAAAUAUGUUCACAACACCUGGUGAAAAUUUCAUUUUGGAUUUCAAGAAAAUAACUGUGGAGAAUUAAAAAUAUAAAAUAUGUAAUGUAACGAUUACAAGGAUUUUCUAUAUAUAAUAAUAUGAUUCUAAUAAAAGAAAAAAAUUAGCAAUUGUACUAUAUAUAUAUACACUUUUUAACUUUAUAAAUAUAUAUACAUAUAUAUUUGUAUAAAAAAGAUUAACGA